AAUAUAUACUUACUUUAUUUUCAACGUUGGUCAAUAGAACUGUGUACUGUUUUGGUAUUAAAUGUUUAUGGAAUGUGAAGUGGUGUUCAAGUGAAUUUUCCAGUUGCAGUUACAACGCAUUUACAGAUAAUGGUUUAUUCGUUGUAUAAUUUUGUUUAUUUUGUAGUUUAUUAUUUAUAGGCCAUUAGGGCCGGAUUUUAUAAUUGGAAAAAACUUAUUAUUUUUCGAUUUAAUUUGCUAAUAGUUUUAAUUAAGUUUGUGAAUUGUGUAUUAACGAAGUACUGUUCACAAUUAUAUUAUAUAGUUUAUAUAGUGUUAAUCAUAAUAUUGAAACCGCACAUUAGAUUGGACAAUUGAAAAAUUAUUUUAUUUUUCAUUUUGGUUUUAUGAAAAUUGAAAUCAAAAAUCACUGUUAGUUGGUCAUGGAAUCAAGACAAUUUGUAAAAUCCAGUGAUGGAAAAUCAUAUAAACGUAAUGGUAACAUUAAAUCACAAUAUUACUCAAAUAAAAAGCGCAGUAACCAGCCUAAACAAUCGGGCACAUAUCAUAACAGAUCUUCUCAGAGCCACUCAACAGAAACGAAUCCAACUAAAAACAGUACAGAUAAUGAAAAACCUAAAAUAAAAAAAAGGUAUUUUGGAUUUAAACAUCUCGAAGAACUCUCUGAAAAGGAUCCAUCUGAAAUAGUAGUUGUGAUGUGUAAUAGUAGUAAUGGAUUUAUGGAUUUAUUCCAAUUAGAUAAAGAACCAGAUUGGCUCUUUUUGAUAAUGAAAGUCACUGCUAAAAUUUGUUCUACCGAGUUUGAAUACAACAAACAAGCUAUGUUAAUAAAAAUAAUAAGUUCAAACUUUAUUGACCAUUUGAAAGCAUAUAUAUUGACUACUCCUACCGAUAAAAAUCGUAACCGAAUUAAAAAUAUUAAUAAUUUUUUUAGUAACUGUUUAACAGUAUUUCAAUCUAUCACUAAACUAUUUCCAAAAACAGCGGUUGAGCGUUUAAAAGAUUUAGUUUUAAGUUCUAACAUAGCUUUAAGUGGUAUAAAUAAUUUCUGUCCAGAUGUUAAAAUAAAUGAAAUUAUUUUAAGUGAAAUGGCUGAUCUUUUUAAGAAACUUUCAGAAAUCAGGCUCACCAAAGAGGUUGAAAAAGAAGAAAAGUUAGUUUUUGAAAAUAUUGCUCAGUUUACGCUUCCUCCAGAAAAUUUUCGUGAGUUAACUGUUUAUCCUUCGCCAAUUGACCUAGAAGAUGAAAAUCCAUUUUUACGGCCUAAUAUCUUAAAAGGAGUGUACCAAGAUGUAGAACAUUAUUUAGAUGUUCAAUUUCGUCUUUUACGUGAAGAUUUUAUUGGUCCUCUUCGAGAAGGUAUACAAUUUUAUAAAGAAAAUAUAAGGGAUAAGAAGUCCAAUGAAACUAGAAAAAGAAUUUAUAAUAUACGCGUUUAUCAGAAUGUUGAGUUUGUAGAUAAUGGAAAAUUUGUCCAAGAUAAAUCAGGAUUUAUACUGAACUUCAAUAAAAACAAAAAAUUGAGAGUUAAUUGGGAAAUGACUAAAAGGUUCAUGUAUGGAUCAUUAUUGGUGUUUACAUCUGAUGACUUCAAGACAUUUUUUUUAGGCACUGUUUUAGAACGUAAAAAAGAAUUACUACAAGAAGGAAAAUUAGUUGUUGAGUUGUUAGAUGAAGGAAGACCAGAACACUUUGUAAAUUUAACAAUGGUGGAAAGUGAAGUGUUUUUUGAACCAUAUAGGGUUACUAUGGAAGUUUUAAAGAAGAUUACAAGUGAUAAUUUCCCUAUGGAGCAGUAUAUUAUUUCAGCUAAUCAAAUUAUUGGUUAUCCUCUUUACAUUGAUAGCCUGCCAAUGAAUUACUAUAAAAUUGGUAAUUUACAGCAGUUUGAUAUUUUAGAUAAUAACCUUUGGCCUUCUAUGGAACAACUAGGACUAGAUGAAAUGCAAUAUAACGCAUUUAAAGCAGCAUUGCAAAAUGAAUUUGUUGUUAUACAGGGACCACCUGGCACAGGAAAGACGUUCAUUGGACUGAAGAUCAUGAGAACGCUAAUUGAAAAUUUAUACACUGAGUACACAACUUCUUAUAAAAAAUUACCGUUUAAACUCGGUAAACCAAUACUAGUUGUUUGUUACACAAACCAUGCGUUAGAUCAGUUUAUGGAAGGCAUACUGGAAUUCACUAAACAUGUCGUACGGGUUGGUGGACAAUCCAAAUCGGAAUUGAUGCAACAGUAUAGUUUAAUUAAUGUGACUAGAAUGCAUAGAAGAACACUAGAUGUUUCUAAAGGGCUUCGAAGUUUAAAUAAUGAAUUAAAAGGUGUUAUGCAUGAUAUAAAUUAUUAUCGUAGUUGCAGUGAAUGUUUAUCCAGUUAUGAAGGUAUUUUAGACUUAACUUUGUUAAAAAAUGGUAUGCCGAAGAUUUAUCACAACUUUUUCCAGACAUCUUUAGAUCUUUUGUCUUGGCUUUUUAAAGACUUUACUUAUUUUAAUACAGAUCCAAUUUUAUAUUUAAAGGAAAUUGUUCAAACUGACGCUGAUUUAUCAACUACUUGCAAAGUGUUACAUAUUAACAAUUUAAGUGGUAAUGUUGAUGAAUUAACUCAGGAGGAUAAUGAAGAAGAUAUGCAAUAUGAAGCUGAUGAUCCAGACUUAAUAGUUUCAAUGGUUCAAAAAAAUAUGGUUAUUCAUUCUCUCACCGUAAAACAAGUUGAAGAAGCUUGUCGAUAUUUUAAAUCAAUAGCUGAAGAACUGCAAACAGAAGUCAAUAAAAAUGUUUACAAAGGAACUAAGAAGGAAACUUUACAAGCCAAAUUAGAUGCCAAGAGAGAAAUUUUAGAUGCUAAAUUAAAAUUUGAAAUUUUUGAACGUAUACUAAACUAUUUUACUGAAAUGUUGAGUUUAGUUCAUUGUAAUAUUCAGGUGCCAAAACUGAUAAAAGAUUUAAAAAAAUUAAAUAUAGCAGAUCGAUGGUUAUUAUAUUUUAGUUGGGUUGAAAAUAGUAAAAGAAUGUUUGGUCCAAAAAUUAUAGAAUAUGAGAAGUAUUAUUCAUCAUUACACAAACGGUAUACUGAAUUAAAAGAAAUGGAGAACAUAGAAAUUUUAAAUAAAAUGCAUGUUGUUGCAAUGACAACCACGGGCGCAGCAAAACAUAGAAUACUGCUUGAAGGAUUGCAAUCACCAAUUGUUGUUAUUGAAGAGGCAGCUGAAGUUCUAGAAGCCCAUAUAGUUGCAUCUUUAACUCGUCACUGCGAACACUUGAUUUUAAUUGGUGAUCAUAAACAAUUACGUCCUAGUAAUGCUGUCUACAAAUUGGCAAAAAAUUAUAAUUUUGAUAUUUCAUUGUUUGAACGUAUGGUUAAUAACGGUGUACCAUGCUAUACACUUGGGGAACAACACAGAAUGAGGCCUGAAAUAUCAUCUUUGAUCACACCAUCAAUUUAUUCCAAUUUAAGAAACCAUAUUUCAGUUUACAAUAGAGAUCAUAUUUUAGGAGUUACUAAAGAUUUAUUUUUCGUCAAUCAUAAUGUUUUUGAAAAAGAAGUUGAAGAAAUAUCGAGUAAGAGUAAUGAACACGAAGCUAACUUUCUAAUUAUGUUGGCAAGACACUUGAUUUUGCAAGACUAUAAAACUGAUCAAGUGACUAUUUUAACAACAUAUAGUGGUCAACUGUUUAAGCUUCGUGCAUUACAAAAGUUACAUCCAAUUUUAAAUGGUGUAAAAAUCAAAGUUGUUGAUAAUUAUCAAGGAGAAGAGAGUGAUAUAAUAUUGCUCUCAUUGGUGCGAAGUAAUCAACAAGGCAAUGUAGGAUUUUUAAAAACUGAAAACAGGAUAUGCGUUGCUUUAUCAAGAGCAAAGUAUGGGUUGUAUAUAAUUGGUAACAUGCAGAAUUUGCGCGAUUCAGGCGAACUCUGGAAAAAAAUUGAAAAAACUUUGGUCGAUCAGGGUUCAUAUGGUAAUGAGUUGACUUUGGAAUGCUCUGUACACAGAUAUAUGUAUACAAAGGUGUCAAAAAGUGAUGAUUUUAUGCCGAUUAUUGAAGGAGGUUGUACCAGGCUAUGUAUGACACUUUUGAAAUGUGGUCAUGAAUGUUCGAGUAUAUGUCACCCAUAUGACAGAAAACAUGAAAUCAUGAAAUGUAAAGAACCAUGUUCCAGGAGCUGUGAUUUAAACCACCCAUGUAAGAAAAAAUGUUAUGAAGACUGUGGAGAAUGUCUUGAAUUGACUUUAAAAGAAUUGCCAUGUAGGCAUAGAACAUUACUUCCAUGUUCCACUGAUGUUGAAACACACAAGUGUCAAGAAAAAGUUUCAAUCAAAUUUGAUGUUUGUGGUCACGAAAUAAAAAAAAAAUGUCAUAUAAAAGAUCCAAAAUGCACAUUUCCAUGUUACGACCGUUUGGAAUGUGGACAUUCAUGUACACGUAAAUGUCAUAAAAAUGACGAUCCUAAUCAUGAACUAUAUGACUGCCAGAAAAACUGUGAAAAAAUGAAUAAGAACUGUGAACAAAAUCAUAAAUGUAAAAUGUUAUGUUAUCAAGAGUGUUCCACCUGUACAAUAAAGGUAAAAAAGAUUUUACCAUGUGGCCAUGUUCAAAAUGAUAUACCCUGCAGAGACGAUGUCAAUAAGGUACAGUGUUGUCAACCGUGUAAACGCAAGUUGAAAUGUGAUCAUAAAUGUAAAUCAAAAUGUUUUGAAGAAUGCAGCCUAUGCGAAGAAAUUGUAUCAAAAGUAAUACCCGAUUGUGGACAUCAAGUAAGAUUGAAAUGUAAAACUGUUGCUGAGCGUUCACACUGCACUGAAAAAUGUACUCGAAAACUACCAUGUGGACAUAAUUGUCAAAGUCUGUGUAAAGAAUAUUGUAAUCCUGAUAAUUGCAAAUAUAUAGUACUUAAUGGGUUCAAAAAUCUUGCUUGCCAUCACAACAAAGCUUGGGUUUUUUGCUGUGACAGAAAUAAAGAAUUUAGUCCAGAUAGCGAGUAUCUUCUUGAAAAAUGUCUAGAACCCUGUACAGAAAUACUAAAUUGCGAUGAUAUUUGUACUGGCAAUUGUGGCCAAUGUAAACAAGGUCGUUUGCAUAUACCAUGUAAAGCAAAAUGUAACAAAGUAAACGUUUGUAAUCAUACAUGUGACUAUCCAUGCAAAGUCAUAUGUCCACCGUGUAAUAGGAGUUGUUCCUUUUCUUGCGUUCACUCAAUAUGCAAACGUUCCUGUGGUUUACCAUGUGUUAUUUGUGAGGAACCUUGUAAAUGGAAAUGUGAACAUUUACAAUGUACAAAAAAAUGUGGCGAAAUAUGCAAUCGCCUACCUUGUUAUUUUCCUUGUCAAGUCAAAUUGAAGUGCGGACAUGCAUGUAUUGGAUUUUGUGGUGAACCUUGUCCUCCACUUUGCCGUAUAUGUGAUGAAGAAAAAGUCACUGAAAUAAUAUUUGGAAAUGAAGAUGAUCCAGAUGCAAGAUUUAUUUAUUUAGAAGAUUGUGAACAUUCUAUUGAAUCAGAUGCUUUGGAACAAUGGAUAAAUCAAAGUGAUGAAGAAAUAUCAAUGAAACAGUGUCCACUAUGUAAAACACCUAUUUUGAAAACACAAAGAUUUAUGAAUCAAAUUAAGCAGAUUUAUCAAGAUAUUGCGAAAAUUAAAAAUAAACGUUUUGGUGAUGAUAAGGAUAAAGAAAUUGAAGAAAAAAAGAAUGAUCUCAUUGAGUGUUUAAAAUCAAUAGAUAAUAAAUUUGAUUCUAUGAUAAUUGGUGAUAGUAACGGAAAAGUUAAAAAACUUUGGAACCAAGUGGUUAAACCUGUAGUUGGAAAAAAAGGAAAAUUCAAAUUUUUUCUAUCUUUAAAUGACAUUGAAUCUCUUAAUUUUACUCUAAAAUUAUUUGAUUCUUUAUCUAAAUAUAAAGAACGUAUAGAAAACUUAAAUAACCAAGAUUUAAAAACAAAAAUCACUGAUCAUUUUAUUUGGUUGCUAACUGUUUGUUUUAAAGAUGCUCGACGUUUAUCUACCCAACAAAAGUUAGAUCUUAAUUUGGAAAUGGUUCGCACUGCAAGACUGAUGAGCUUGAAUGAGGUACUUGAUAAUCCCAAGUAUAGGUCCUGUAUCAACUUGCCAACGUCAUUAUCGAAAAAAAUUCAAGCAUUAGUCAAUGAUAUAAAAAUAAAAGUGACUUCUUGUAAUAGAUACAGUUAUACAAUUGACAAAUCGGUGCAAGUAUUAUUUGAUUACUUAGAGGAAAAUAUGAAAGGUUUAGCAGUUGUUUCAGAUGAAGAAAGAAAAAUGAUACAUGAAGCUAUGGCACAAAGUUUUUAUGGAGGAGCAAGAGCACAAGGGCAUUGGAUGAAAUGCAGAAAUGGGCAUAUUUAUUGUAUUACAGAGUGUGGAGGUGCUAUGGAAAAAUCCAAAUGCCCUGUAUGUGGUGUUGUAAUUGGUGGCCAGAACCAUCAGUAUGUUGAAGGAACUACUGUAGCCUCCGAAAUGGAUGGUGCAAGACAUUUAGCUUGGAGUCAAGGAAACAAUAUGGCAAAUUAUGAACAUUUUUUCUAACUGAUAAAAUUCAUUGUUCUUAAUUAAAGUAAAGUUUUAUAUUUUUUUAAAUUAUUCUUGUUAAUUAAAUUGUUUAUGAAACAUUAAAAAAGUGACGUAAAAGUUUUUUUUUAAA